AGAGACAGUUACUGACAGACAAGAGAGGACAGGCGGACAGACAGACAGACAGACAGACAGACAGACAGACAGGUGAGGACAGGUGGAUGCAGAGGACAAACUGAUGCAACGAUGACAAGCAGAAAAAUGUCCUUUUUGGAAUUUUGGAGGAGCAAGAAGGAGAGAGAAGAGCUUCUGCAGAGAGCCAAUCAGCUGAGACUCGCUCCCUCACAGCUGAGGCGGCUGCUAGGAGACAGUGAAGUUCGGGCAGCGCUACAGAAUAACCGGAUGGCGUCUCUGCUGCCCCCUGUUGGUGAGGAGGUGUUCAGGCGCUUCACGCCGGCUUCACUGGAGCAGAUCCAGAAACGGCAGGAAACUAAGUCCCAGGCGAGGGACACAGAGGUGAAGGAGAGCGACCGUCCCAAACCUGCCAGGGACCUGCAGGCCGGGAAGCCCCUCCCCUUCAUCUAUGGAGCCCCGCCCCGUGAGCUCCUCAACACCCCAUUGGAGGAGCUGGAUUCAUUCUACCAAUCCCAGAAGACGUUCAUUGUCCUCGGUAAGGGAAACGUCCUCUCCAGGUUUCGUGCUGAGCCGUCCUGUUACCUGCUGAGUCCGUUUAACCCGCUGAGGACCGUCGCCAUCAAGGUCCUCCUUCACUCUCUUUUUAAUUUGUUCAUCCUGCUGACGAUUCUGACCAACUGUGUGUUCAUGACGAUGAGUUCUCCUCCAGAAUGGAGCCACAUUAUGGAAUUCGUGUUCACCGCCAUCUACACGUUUGAAGUGGUAGUGAAGGUUCUGUCCAGAGGAUUCUGCAUCGGAAGCUUCACCUUCCUCAGAGACCCUUGGAACUGGCUGGACCUUGUGGUCAUCAUCACUGCAUAUCUGUCGCACAGUGUAUAUUUAUGGGACCAUUAUGUGCUGACGACAAUUCCUCGAGUUCUGAAGCUCAUCGCUAUCAGCCCAGGUCUGAAGACAACUGUUGGGGCUCUCGUCCAAUCAUUGAAGGGACUUGUAGAUGUCAUCUUUCUGAUGGUGUUCGGCCUCAGCCUCUUCGCUCUGAUGAGUCUGCAGAUCUUUAUGGGAACUAUGAAGAACAAAUGCGUCAAGUGGAUGACAGAAAGCCCUGAGUUCAAUUACUCAGAGAGCGAGAACAAUGCAAGUUACGCUAUCUACGACCCGCCGGGUCAACUAGAUUUUCUGCAAUGUGGAAAUGACUCUGCUGCCGGGUACUGUCCGGAAGGUUACACCUGUGUGAAGACCGGACCAAACCCAAACUAUGGCUACAUGAACUACGACUCGUUUGGUCCGACUCUGCUCACUGUGGUCCAGCUGGUGACCAAGGAUUUCUCAGAUUACCUGAUGAUGAGGACAUUACGGACGUCAGGUCAAUCCUACUUUACCUACUUUGUGGUCGUCAUCUUGCCCGGCUGCUUCUGCCUCCUCAGCCUGGUUGUGGGAGUGGUUGCCAGGAUGAUCGCAGAUCGGGAAGAGGUCAGCGCCACAGAGGCCAAAGAGAGAGAGGAAGUGUUCCAGAAGAUUGAGGAGGUGGUGAAGAGGAGAGAGGAAGAGGAGGAGGCGGCCUGCAGGGCGGCGCCCUCUGAUGGUCCGGACGCUGCCACGGAAGGGUCUGAUGAGGAUCGGAGGUCAUGUUCUCCAUGUUGGUCUGUCCUCGCCAACUUCCUCCUGAAGUGGAACUGUUGUGGCUGUUGGCGGUGGCUCAAACAGAAGCUGUACACCUUCAUCACAAACCCGUUCUUCGACCUCGGGAUCAUCAUCUGCCUCAUUGCCAACACCAUCUUCAUGGCCAUGGAGCACUAUCCCUUGACGGAACGGUUUGAAUGGACUCUCAGUGUGGCUGAACUGGUGUUCACAGCGAUCUUCACAGCUGAGCUAUUGGUGAAAGUUGUGGCGAUGGAUCCGUACAAAUACUUUCAGGUGAGCUGGAACAUUUUUGACAGCAUCAUCGUCCUUGGCAGUCUGCUGGAACUCACCAUCGCAAACCGUCCGAGCAUUAUACUGUUGCGAGUGUUCAGGCUGGCCAGGUGGUGGCCGUCCUUCCACAUGUUGCUAAAGAUCACCUGGAGCUCGGUGAAGGCUCUGAGGAACCUGACUGUCCUUCUGCUGAUCAUGGUCUUCCUCUUCUCAGUGGUUGGCCUACAGCUGUUUAGGAUGGACUACCAAGACAACAAUUGUCUUAUCAGUACGUCUUGCGAGCUUCCCCGCUGGCACAUGCAUGAUUUCUUCCACGCCUUCCUGAUAAUGAUCAGGGCCCUGUUCGGAAAUUGGACCGAGACCUUGUAUGACUGCAUGGAGGUCUCAGGUCAGGCCUCGUGUCUGAUCUUCUACAUGACCUUCCUGAUCAUCGGAAACUUCCUGGUCCUGAAUCUGUUCUUGACCUUGUUGCUGAGCUCAUUUGGCAGUGGUAGUCUGGUGGCAUUAGAAGAAAAAGAAAAAAAACAGAUCAGCAGGGCUGUGGGGAAGACCCAUAUCAACCCAGACCACACAGCAGUUGACAGUAAAGGAGACAACAUCAAGGACUACCUGGCCUUGACCGUCGUGGCCUCAGACCAGCAGGUUUCAGAGGUCAAGGCCCUUGGCAGUGACCAGCAUACAGUCGACUCCCAGUUGAUCUACAUUGCUGAUGCUGCAAAGACGCCUGAAGAUGAAGAGAAAAGACACCCUGAAGUCCAGCAGCAUCUAGAUGAUGGAGAUCCUAAAGGAGACGGACCUGAAGACUGCUGCAGUGACAAGUGCUACAGUUGCUGUCCGUUCCUCAACAUAGACAAGUCCCAGGGCAUUGGGAGGGGCUGGUCCAACUUCAGGAGAGCCUGUUUCUCCAUCGUACAACACAAAUGCUUUGAGAUCCUCAUCAUUGUCAUCAUCCUGCUGAGCAGUGUAGCUCUGAUGUUUGAGGACAUCCACCUGCAGCACCGUCCGGUCUUACGGAUGGUUCUGGGGAGAGCGGACGUGGUGUUCACCUACCUGUUCCUGAUGGAGAUGAUUCUCAAGUGGAUCGCCCUCGGAUUCAAGAAAUACUUCACCGACGCCUGGUGCUGGCUCGACUUCAUCAUCCUAAACGUGUUUCUGGUUUCUUUGGCAGCCGACGCGUUUGGAUUCUAUGAACCGGGAAGCAUCCAGUUUCUGAGGACUCUGAGAGCUUUGGCGCCCCUGAGGGCCCUGUCUCGCUUCAAGGGCCUGAGGGUGGUUGUGCAGACCGUGGUCCGGACCGUCCCGUCCAUGUGUCGUGUGCUGCUGGUGUUCCUGACCGUCUGGUUAAUCUUUGGUGUCCUCGGAGUGCAUCAGUUUGGUGGAAAGUUUUUUUACUGUUUCAAUGAGACGUCACAGGAAUAUUUCUUACAUGAAUUUGUGAACAACAAGACCGAAUGUAUGGCACUGAUGUGGUCUAACUUCAGCGAGGUCACAUGGAAAAACAUAUGGAUGAACUACGACAACACGAUGAAUAGUUACCUGUCGCUGCUGCACCUGGGGGCUUCAGCAGAAUGUCUUGAUCUCCUCUACGCAGCUUCAGACGCUGAUAUGGUGGAAUCUCAGCCGCGCUAUGAAAACAACAUAUACACAUACUUUUACUGGAUCUUUUUCAUCAUCUUCGGCUGCUUCUUCACCUCCAUCUUCCUCAUCAGAGUCAUCAUCGACCACCUGCAGAGAGACAAGUCUGCAGGAAAACGUCUUUUCAUGUCAGAGAAGCAGCAGGAAUUUCGUAGGGGGAUAAGGAGAUCUUUAAUGAUAUCUAAGAAACCCAUUCCACGCCCUCAGAACUGUUGCCAGGCUCGGCUCUUUGACUUGGUGACUAAACCUUAUUUUGAGGUGUUCAUGCUAGUGAUGAUCUGCCUGAACAUGGUGAUCCUGAUGAUGGAGACAGACAACCAGAGCUAUGAGAAGGAUGAGAUCCUCUACUGGUUCCACUUCUCCUUCAUCCUCAUCUUCUUGAUAGAGUUCCUCCUAAAGAUUAUCGCACUCAGACGGCACUACUUUAACAGUAGCUUGAACGUCCUCGACUUCGUUGUGCUCAUCACGUCCAUCUUAGGUCUUUUCAUCACUGAUCUCAUUGAGAAAUACUUUAUUGCGCCGACUCUCUUCUCCAUGUUCCGAUUGGCUCGUGUCACUCGUCUCUUCUCUCUCAUUCGCUGUGCCAGGGGGGUCCGGAAGUUGCUUUUGGCUUUUCUGAUGUCACUUCCUGCCCUCCUGAACAUUAGCCUCCUCCUCUCCAUCAUAUGGAUCACGUUCUCUAUCUUCGGCAUGUUUAACUUCGCCUACGUGAAGAAAGAGGCCGGUAUUGACGACAUGUUUAACUUUGAAACGUUUGGCAGCAGCAUGAUCUGUUUGUUUAUGAUUAACCCAUCGUCAGACUGGAUCGGCCUGCUGAUUCCCCUGCUGAAAACCCCGCCGGACUGCGACUCGCAGAUGGAGCACCCGGGAUUUACAGUCACAGGGGACUGUGGCACCCCAGUGGUUGCCAUCAUUUUUUUCAUAACCCAUAUCACCCUGACCUUCCUGCUGGGGAUCCACCUAUACAUUGCCGUCGUCCUGGAGACAUUCAACUCAGAUGAAUCCGAGCUGCUGAAUGAUGAUGACCUCCAGAUGUUUUAUGUAACCUGGAGGAAAUUUGACCCCAAGGCCUCGCAGUUCAUCCAGUACAGUGAGCUGUCAGAUCUCUGCGAUGCUCUGCGGGAUCCUCUGAGGAUUCCUAAACCUAACACCGUCAGACUUAUCAAUAUGGAUCUGCCUUUACAUCCUGGAGACAAAAUCCACUGUGUAGACAUCUUACAUGCACUCGCCACACAGGUGUUGGGUGACUCCGGAAAGAUGGACUCACUCAAAGCCAGAAUAGAGGAAAAGUUCAUGACAACCCCCCCCAAGGUGUCGGGUGAACCAAUCAGCAGCACUCUGCAGAGGAAACAGGAAGACGUGGCGGCGGCAGUGAUCCAGAGAGCAUACAGGAAGCACGUCCUGCAGCACGGUGACGCCAAGGAGUCUGCAAAUGGUGGAGGUGUUGUUUAAGGUGGAACUUUAACAUGAGGUUCUCCGAUAACGUGCUUCACCCUUCAACGACUUCCUGAUGAGAUCCUGAAGGAGUCCAUCCUGGGUCUGGACUUCACCUCUGGGCCUGAUUGUGAACGCUGCUCACUCAGAGCUCAGUCUCACAAACAAACUUCAUAUAACUACUAACCCAGAAUAUUACACAUAAGUCACAGCUCUGUGUCCCCAUCUGUCACAAAUCUGAUCACAGCCUUUUUUUCUGAGCUUUAUGUCCAUCAGGUCCGUCAUCCUCCUUCACACACACAGACCAUUAAGUGUUUGGACUAAUCAGAUGUAUUGAUCCUAUGUGUAAAAUGUCUGCAGCAGUUUUAGGGCUCAUUUCUGUUGUCACUUAGCAGACAGAUGUAGUUACACUGGGAGGGAGAGAUUCCAGAUGCAUUCUAUGACUUUUCAACAUCUAGACUGAAUCUUUUACAGACGACAGAUGUUGACAUCCAUACAGCUCAAAUGCUAAUGUGAUUAAUAACAUAAUAUUUCAAACAUUCAGACAGGAUUCAAACAGAAGACAUGCACAUGUGUCUUUGACACCUGAAAAAUUUAAUUCUAUUGUCUGUCAUUCUCUUUUCAAAGCAGACGGAUAAGACAUCAUCCAGCAGAGCUAAUAACACAUGUAAUGUUAUAUACUACGACUAUGAAUAUUCCGUAGUCUUACAACUUUAUUCUGAAAGUAUUACCAUUUUAUUCUGAAGGUAUUAGAACUUUAUACUUGAAAUAUUACGAUUUUAUGUAUAUAUAAUCAUCAUUUUUUUUUUAAUUUUUAACAUUAGCAUAAAAACGUAACAUUUGCCUUAAAGGUGCGGUACACAACCUCAUAUAACAUCUGUGGUUCAUUGCCUCCACGUGGCUGGCAUCACUUUUAAUUCACUAAAAUAUGUUUAUCUUUACAUUUAAAAUAUUAGUUUACUGCUUUAUUAAUGUUCUGAAUGUUGUUUGCAGCAUAUCAAUAUUAAAAAACAUUCUUAAACUCAGUUUUUUAUUUGACUGUAAAUGUUUCAAAGUAACACAACAACAUUUCUUAUUCAGCAGGAAGUCAGGUGACGCAUUGUUUUCCCAGGAGACUGAUGUUCACGUCCCAACUGAAACAAAAAAAAACAAA